CGAGCAGGGCCGGUCCCCACAUACGCCAUUCGCACCUCCUUCCACCAACUGUGUUCUCGGCAAGAACGGGGAUUGCAAAUGUUGAUAUAUAACCUCCCUCACGGUUGUUGAACGCUGCGGUUGGACACUUGCAGUCUUGCAUCAUUCGAAUGGAAAGCCUGUCCAAGUGUGAGAGAACCUUUGACAAGAACUCAAGCACCUUGAGACAAAGGCGGUGUGACACCUGACCGCUGCCCACCAACAGGUAUCAAGGCCUUAAAUAGCAGCUGAAGCUCCCCUUGGAGGCCUUCCACCAGCAUCACAUCCACCUCAGCAAAUUUUAACCAUACCUUCACUCAUUAGACCAACUCUUGAUUAAAUUUAUCGCCCGACAUCAUGCUUUUCUCUACCAAAGUCGUUGUUUUCAUGGCCGCCCUCGCUGCCCAGGCCAGCGCUUCCACCAGCAAGCCAGCCCCUGGUGCUAUGGACAUGUCCACCCCCACCCCUGGCAGCGGUGAUUCCAGCAGUGCCCCACCAGCUGACAGCAGCGCCAACUCGACCGCGCCGGCUUCGCCAGCAGGAGGAAACAACUCCACCUCCGCUGCUCCUUCCACCGCCCCCACCGGCGCCGCCGCCCCAGCCAACAGCUCCAGCCCUUCAUCCGGAUCAGCUGUCUCCCCCACUGGGGCUGGUGCUCCAGUCCCCGGUGACAUGUCAUCUGGGCAAUGCAUGUGCCCACCAGUUCCCCAAUGUGGUGCCAACCCUGGCAGCCCUGGUCUCCCCAGCCCAGGCUCUUCGGCGCCAUCUCCCAGCCCUGCUGGCCCAGCUGGGCAACAAACCCCUGGAACCCCCGCUCCAGGAGCCCCAGCCAACGGAACUAACGGCGCUGUUUCCCCUGUCGGUACCACCCCAGGUGCCGGUGCCGGCCAACCCACCCCGACUGAAAACACCAACACCACUGAGGGAAGCGGCAGUCCUACUCUUCGCAACUCCUUCUCGCUUGCUGGUCUCUUGACCGCCGGAGCUGUUGCCUUGGCCCUCUAAGCCGAGCUCAUCCUCACUCACGCUAAACCCCAUUGCCGCUCAAUGUUGUCCUUACAUCCCCCCCUCAUCCCAUUCUUCUUUGUCUCUAUUCAUGGAUGUAAACCGAGCUUUGAAGUCUGCUUAAUAUGAAUCAACUUGACAAUAUUGCCCCUCUCUACCAUCAUGAUGCAACUUCAUCAUCCUAACUGGGUACCAACUGAGCUUUAAGUAACUGCGCCUUAUGCUAAAACCCGUUUUCUUCGGAGCAUGAGCAAUGGGCAUGAGA